AUGGUUGCCGAGAAGCUUACCGUUCGCAAUAGCACCAGCACCCCAAUUAUUCUCAGGCGCAUUGAGCGCUUCGAGUCGCCGCAGGAUAGCAAUGCAGGCGAUAAUAUCGCGUUGUUUGCACGAAACUUUACCCGAGUGCUGACCAACACCACGCGCAUUGCAGAGCCCGUCAAGGCAAUCAGUGAGGCUACUCGUCCCUUCGAGGACCAAAAUGAGCUCGAUGUGCGCAUUGAUCCGUUCACUACGAAUCAGACUGAUAGGCGAGCCUUCGUUCACUCGGACAAAGAGCGCAUGCGCCUGACCUUCGAAGUCGAAGGUGAACGGCACACCAUUCAAGUCCCCGUGCCCACUGCCGAAUCGGCGACAAUGAAGUGCGAGUCCGAGAAUUCCAAACAUCGCCUCACAGGCGUCUACCUGACGAACGAGUCUUACUUGGCGAUUUUCUCCUCGGCCAAUCUCAAUGCCUGGAUGCAUGAGCUGCGCGACGACAUUCGACUCCCUGGGCUAUCGAUUCCUGGCACGCACAACUCCCCAACCUGCUACGUGGCGCCGCCGUCCGUCCGGUGCCAGGCCGUGGGCCCCAAGGAACAGCUGCAGAACGGAGUGCGCUUCUUUGAUAUCCGCGUGCAACCUCAAUACCCCGAAGAUCUCGACAAGGAUGACUUGAUCCUCGUGCACAGUGUCUUCCCCAUCUCACUCACAGGGAACAAAUACUUCCGCGAUCUCAUGAAAGAAGUCAAUGAGUUUCUGGACCAGAACCCCUCCGAGACAGUCAUCAUGUCUCUGAAGCGCGAGGGCCCCGGAAACGCCACCGAUGAGCAACUGGCUGAGAUCCUGUCCCGUCACUACAUCCGCCCCGACAGUCGCUGGUGGACCACGCCAUGGCCUCCCACUCUGGGUCAGGUUCGGGGAAAAGUGGUGCUCGUACGCCGCUUCUCGAUCCCCGACGAAUUGAAGAAACAGCACGACACUUUCGGCUGGGGCAUCGAUGGCUGUGGAUGGGAAGACAACCAUCCCAAUGCCAAUUGUCCCAGUGGGCAUCUGUGCAUCCAAGAUUUCUACGAGGUCCAAGAGUCCACCAACAUUGACAACAAGAUCAACUAUGUGAGGCAGCAUAUCGACCGGGCGAGCCGGCACAGCCAUCCGUUUGGCGAAAUUCCGAAUCCUGACAAGGGUCGUGAAUGCCCGUUCUAUAUCAACUUCUUGAGCGCGAGCAAUUUCUGGCGGCCGAACACGUGGCCCGAGAAGAUUGCGGCCAAGGUGAACCCGGCCACCGUCGACUACCUGUGUCGUCGUCCAUAUGAUGAGAAUGGUGAUUCUUCUACCGGUAUCUUGGUCACCGAUUGGGUGGGAUUAGACGGUGACUGGGACCUGGUGCGAUGCACUGUCGGAAUGAAUGCCAAACUGCGUUUGAGGGAGAACUAG